AUGCUUGGUAGAACAAUAGAAGUAGCCCCUCCAAAAGCUAAUCGGAAUGAUCCAUUGCAAAUUAUCAAAUCAAGAAAACGGACACAUGGUAGACCAGCUACCAUAGCUGGUCCAAUGGUUAGAUACUCUAAGUUACCAUUUAGACAGAUAUGUCGUGAUUAUAAUGUUGAUAUUGUUUAUACGCCGAUGAUGUUGGCCAGAGAGUUUGUUCGUAAUGCACAAGCACGUAUAUCGGAUUUUUCCACAAAUGAAAAGGAUACCCCAACCAUAAUACAAGUUGGUGUUAACAACGUAACAGAUUUGUUACGAUUUACUGAGAUGGUUGCACCUUACGUGGAUGGUAUUGGUAUUAAUUGUGGAUGUCCAAUUAAGGAACAAUUACGGGAAGGUAUCGGUUGUGCCUUGAUAUAUAACGAAGAGUUACUAAUAGAGAUGGUAAAGGCCGUCAAAGACAAAUACGGUGAUACCCUUAGAUUAGAGACUAAGAUACGAAUUCAUGAAAAGAAGGCACCUGAAAGGACAUUGAAUAUGUGUAAACAAUUAUGUGAAGUUGGUGUUGACUGGAUUACCGUACACGGCAGACUUCGGACUACCAGAUCAUCAGAACCUGUUGAUUUAGAUGCCAUCAAAUAUAUUGUCGACGGUUUAAAGGAGUACGAUGUACCAAUUGUUGCCAAUGGAGAUUGUUUUACAACAAAAGAUAUGGAACAUAUCGCUGAGUAUACUGGCGCAGAUGGUGUCAUGUCCGCACGAGGUGUGUUAAGUAACCCAGCCUUAUUUGCUGGCUAUGAUAUUUGUCCAUGGGGUUGUGUUGAGAGGUUUAUUAACUACUCUGUUGAAUUUGGUGGUCUACCUUUUCAAUUAGUUCAACAUCAUAUAUUUUGUAUGUUUGAGAAUAUGAAAGUGAAUAAGAAUCAUAUGAAAACAUUAAUGACAACAAAGAAUAUGUUUGAACUUCUCGAUUUUUUGGAUUCCAAGUUCGAUAUAAGAAGGCCAAACGAUCAAGAGUUUGGUGAAAGAGUGGAAAUUCCAUAUAUUUAA